GUUAGAAAACACAUCCGUAACAAUACGGCAUACGUAAAUCCAUUCAUUCUUCCCAUAUAAAUACCCCUUUCCAUAUGCUUCUUCAGUUCGUAGCAAUAGACAGGAAAAACCAUUCUACAAAACAAAUCAUAUCAGAGUACAAAAAAAAAAUGGUGAAACUAAAUGGUGGUCUCAUCUCCAUACUUAUCAUCAUGGCUGCACUGUCAUCUCCUUCCCAUGGCAUAGUCUCAGUCCCUGGCAUCAACAUAACCCGUAUCAUAAUUGAAGGUGUCGUGUAUUGUUCACCUGUCGGAGAUCCUAGAGCCCCUGCGAUCUCGAAUGCCACUGUUUACUUAACCUGUGCCGGCUCAACCACUAGUCUCGGUCAAGCAGUGACCAAUACGACCGGUGCAUUUACCAUCGUGCUCAACAUUUUAAACAAUGCUUUGUUUGACCCUAGUUUUUGCGGUCUCGGAGUUAAUCUUCCCGCAGGAAAUUGCAAUCUUGUCGUACCGGAUGGCGUCCUCUCUGCCACAUUUAGUCUGAUCAACGUCAUCCUGACUAGUUCCAUAAAUACUGCUGUUUUCUCAGCAAACCCAUUUACCAGUCGCUGAUGCAAGGAAGACUUUGCUGAAUAAUAACACUCUAAUUAAGUUUUACAGUGAGAUGUUGUGGAGAGAAGGAAGUGGCUGAUGCUCCACGAAGCUUAUGAGCUAGUAACUCCCUCUUGGUUGAUUUCAUGUGUGAUUAUCAUAUAAAUAAUGAUAUUAUAUACUUGAAUAAUUUGUAUUUAGUUUGGGUUGGCUGGCUGGUCGCAUGUGGCUAACCGUAUUUGAUAUACAUAUACGUCUACAACUUUUUUUUUCAUAGUUAAAAAAAAAACUAUUUUAUUUUUCAAUUUGUACUAUGCUAAUGAAUGAUAUGAGCUUUUAGUUUCUUUUUUU